GUUUUCAGAAAAAAAAUCAGUUGGAUUAGAUGUCAGUUGGAGUGGAUGUUUUUUUAUUUUUUUCUGCAGGACAAUUUUGAUUUUUCUGGGAAAUCAAAAUAUUCUGAACAAAAUAGGACGCAAUGAGUAAUUCUAGUGAAAAAGUUUCCACGUUAACCCCAAAUACCACAGAGGAAAACGCCGAUGACUCUGAAGACCUCCGCAGAUCUAGUCGGCGGAGUAAAAGGGCAAGAGUCGAAAUUAAAGAAGUUGAAACUCAUGACCACCCAGUUGAAGUUACUGGUGUGCCUGACGUAGACAAAGAUGACAAAAAAGAACUAGCUCUUGAUGCUAGUGUGGGAAAGUCAGAAGCACCCAAAGCUUCUAUUGCAAUUGGUAAUGCACCAUCUAUUCAGGAACCAAUAUUGAAAGUUGAAACUAAAGAUGAAGAAACAAUCCAUGAUUCUGAUUUUGAAGAACCGUCUGGAUUGGAGGGUGCAGCUUUUCAAAGUCGUUUACCAGUUGACAAAUUACAUGUAGAUGAAGCUGCUCAUUUUACUGACAUUGAACAAGGUGUUCCAGCAACAAAGAAACUAUUUCUUUAUAUUAGGAAUCGAUUGCUGCAAUUAUGGUUGGAAAAUCCAAAAAUGGAGCUGACACUUGAAAAUGCUUUGUUAGAAUUGGAGCCACCCUAUAAUAGUGAUACAAACUUAGUUGGAAGAAUUCAUGCAUUUCUCCAACGCCAUGGUUUCAUCAACUUUGGUGUUUUCAAAAGAAUUACGCCAAUUCCGGUUGCUUCAAAACCCUGUAAAGUUAUUGUGAUUGGAGCUGGCAUAUCUGGAUUAGCAGCUGCCCAACAAUUACGAAAUUUUGGGUGUGAAGUUGUUGUUUUAGAAGCUAGAGAUCGUGUUGGGGGGAGAAUUGCCACAUUUCGAAAGAAUUCGUAUGUAGCGGACGUGGGAGCCAUGGUAGUAACUGGCUUAGGAGGAAAUCCAAUCACUAUUUUAUCAAAACAAAUUAGCAUGGAGUUGCACAAAAUUAAACAAAAAUGUCCGUUAUAUGAAGCAAAUGGAACUACGGUUCCCAAGGACAAAGACGAAAUGGUCGAACGUGAAUUUAAUCGAUUGCUUGAAGCCACCAGCUACAUGUCGCAUCAAUUGGACAUAAACUACGUUAGUACAAAACCAGUGUCACUUGGUCAAGCUUUGGAAUGGGUUAUUAAGCUUCAAGAAAAAAAUGUGAAAGAAAAACAAAUCCAACACUGGAAGAACUACAUUGCUCUCCAAGAUAAUUUGCGUUCCAUACUCAAUAAGUUAAUUGCUUUACAGGAUAAAGUAGCUAAGUUGACACAACAAUGGAAUAAAAUGAAUGAAACGCGAGGCCAGCGUGAUAUCACUCAGGAAUUUUCUCUUCGAUCAAAACUAAGGGAUAUCCACCACGCACACAAGGAAUGGGCACAGCUUCAGGAACAGCAAAAAGAAACAGAGGAGAAAUUGCAAGAACUGGAAGCAUCCCCUCCUAGUGAUGUGUACCUUUCUUCACGUGACCGACAAAUUUUAGAUUGGCAUUUCGCUAAUUUGGAAUUUGCAAAUGCAACGCCGCUUUCAAAUCUGUCGUUAAAACACUGGGAUCAAGAUGACGAUUUUGAGUUUACUGGGAGCCAUCUAACAGUGAGGAAUGGAUACAGCUGUUUGCCCAUUGCCCUAUCCGAAGGUCUGGAUAUUCGUCUUAACCAAGCCGUUCGUCAAGUGACCUACAGCAGUGAGAAAGUUGAAGUGAGUGUGUUUAACCCACGUAAUACCAACCAAACUAGUACAAUAACAGGCGACGCCGUUUUGUGCACUCUUCCACUGGGAGUACUAAAACAGAUCACUUCUCUUAAUGCAAACACAAGUGAGACUGAGAAGGCAGCCAAUAACAUGGUUGAAUUUACUCCUCCUCUGCCAGAAUGGAAGCUUUCGGCUAUUCAGCGUCUAGGUUUUGGCAACCUCAACAAGGUCGCUCUUUGCUUCGAACGUAUUUUCUGGGAUCCGAACUCCAAUUUAUUUGGUCACGUCGGUUCUACUACUGCCUCCCGAGGAGAAUUAUUUCUAUUUUGGAAUCUAUACAAAGCACCAGUUUUGUUGGCCCUUGUUGCCGGUGAGGCAGCGGCAAUCAUGGAGAAUGUAGGCGAUGACGUUAUUGUAGGUCGUUGCAUGGCCGUACUGAAAGGUAUCUUUGGUAACGGAGCUGUCCCUCAGCCAAAAGAAACCGUGGUAACCCGCUGGCGUUCCGAUCCAUGGGCCCGUGGAUCCUAUUCUUACGUUUCAACUAGCGCCACGGGAAAUGACUAUGACAUAUUAGCUUGUCCUGUAACUUCUACUGGCGAACAAUUGACUUCUAGUUCAGAAUCAUCUAUCCACCCUCGCCUUUUUUUGCUUAGGCGAGCAUACUAUUCGUAACUACCCUGCCACAGUUCAUGGAGCGUUGCUCAGUGGUAUACGGGAAGCCGCCAGAAUAGCUGAUUAUUAUCUUGGCUGUUCAUACUAGAGUAGAGUUUUCUAACAAGUACGUAUCUCACUAAGAAAAACUUGUAUUGCUUAUUGUGUUUCUUCCGGAAGCAUACAUCACGGACCUUAAAUGCAA